AUGGAGGAGAAUGAGAAGCAUGAGAAGCUCUGCCUGGAGCGGGAGCAGGAGCAGAAGAAGACAGGCAAGGCCAGCGUGCCACGAGCCAACAGCAUCCUAUCCCCAGAGGAGCCUCGGAGCGAACUGCUGGUGCCCAUCUCCCCCCCGGGCCCAGUGCCCCCVCCACCCCCACCCCUGGCAGCCCCCAUUUCAGUCAUUCCCAUCCCCGUGGUCACCAGUUCCCCCCAGCAAGCAGCCCAGACCGCCCUGUCCCCACCUCUGGUGCAGCGCCAGCCGCCCCUCGUAAGCACUCCCAGUGUCCCCAAGGAAGCCUCCUCGGUGGCCCCGGUGAUCCAGAGGCCACCAGGCCCUCACUUGCCCGAUGGCAAAGCUGCCAGCCCGCCCUCGGGCAGCCCCAAAGCCCUGCAGCAUUACCCUGCACCCGUGCUGGCCAUCUCCCAGCACCAUGUGGUGCCCCAGCCCAUCCAGCCCCUGCAGCCCCCGGCAGCGCCCGCCCCGCUGGGCACCCUCAAACUGGCACCGGCCGACGACAUGAAACCCAUCGAGCUCAAGAAGAGAAUUGGAGGGGUUGGGACCAGGGAAGUACAUAAUAAAUUGGAGAAGAACAGACGUGCACAUUUGAAAGAGUGCUUUGAGACSUUAAAGCGCAACAUCCCCAACGUAGAUGACAAGAAGACCUCAAACCUCAGCGUCCUCAGGAGUGCCUUGCGAUACAUCCAGGUACGUGCAGCACUUGUGGGGUGAGAGCUGGGGUUUAUU